UUCUCUUUGGGCUACCUUUUUGUUAAGCACAAAAAAGAAAGUAUAACCCAAUUUGUGAAGGUAAUGCUACUGGAUUCCUACUUUUUGAGUUACAUACAACUUUGAAGGAUCAAUGAAGGAGUCGGAACAAUCCAAAGAGCUGACCUGGGAUUUUGACCAAUCCUGGAGUUCAUUCCUAACACCAGCUGCACGUCUCUGCCUGAACACCUUGGAUUUUUCCGACCUCUGGGACGAGGAAGACAGUACAGAGGAUGAGGGAACCCUUACAGACAUCAAAUCAUCAACAUGUUUUCAAGCACCUCCAGCACCCCCUCCUCUUCCUCCCCCACCUCCUCCUCCUCCUUCUUUCGCCUCACCUUCGUCCUCAACUUCCCCUAAAGAUGGGACCGUUAAGUGUCGCACCUUGAAGAUUCAUUGGAGGGAGCUGCAGAAUCUGGCCCCGCUUCCCAGGAUGACACGCUUUGGAACUCAGACCAUUUGGGCCAGGCUCGAGCCAGUGAAUUUGGAUAAAAACCGACUGGAGUACUUGUUUAAGUCUAAAAGCAAUGGCAGCAGUUUGAACAUCGUUUCUGGGCGGCAGAAGCAGCCAUCGGUCUCAGUGUUGGGAAUGAAGCGGAGUAACAUCAUAACUAUUGCCUUGAGCAGCCUGCCCCCUCCUCGCCUCCUCCCCCCUGCUAUCUACAGCAUGGACAGCUGUGUGCUGGAACGAGAGGACAUUCAGCGUCUUCAAGCACUGAUCCCGACUGAAGAGGAACUUUGCCUGAUCAAAGAGGCCAAAGCCCAGAACCCUAACUGCCCUCUGGCCCCGGCUGAGCUUUGCCUCCUCACCUUGGGGGAAAUACCCCACCUGAGUUCCAGGCUUCAGCUUUGGGCCUUUGCUCUGGACUAUGACACCUUAGAGAGGGAAAUUGCUGAGCCUCUCUUCCAUCUGAAGUUGGCCAUGGAACAACUGGCAGCCAGCCAGACCUUCAGGUGUAUAUUGGCGACAGUGCUAGCAAUCGGUAACUUUCUCAACGGAUGUAAGGCCCGUGGUUUUGAGCUGAGUUACCUGGGCAAGCUGUCUCAGGUCAGGGACACACACACUCGCCAGCCCCUGCUGCACCACGUCUGCGUGUUACUGCUACAGCUCUAUCCAGAAUCCUCUGACCUCUACUCAGACAUCACUGCUGUUACUAAAGCUGGAAAGUUCGACUACUCCCAAGUCCAGUCCAACUUUACCCAGCUAGAGAGCCUGUGCAAAGCAUCAUGGGAGCAGGUGAAGCUGCUGAAUAAAGCUGACGAAAAGAAAAAAGGAGGAAAGGGGGAAAAGACAAGAGGGGUAGGUGAUGAGGCCCUGGCCCCGGAGGGUUCGCUCCGUCACAGGCUUCCGAAGAUUCUGAAAGAGUGUGAGGAAAGGCUGAAAGUCCUAAGAGCCGUCCAUCGUAGGGUUUUCAACAGGUACUCUGUGUAA